AUAUCAAAUAAUGUUAGAAUGUUGGAAUGCAACUCCCGAAUUUCGUCCAAGUUUUUCAGAGCUGAAACGCAAAUUAGAAAUAAUGCUAUCUGAAUGUAGGGAAUACAUUGUAUUGGACGAGCUUGAGGAACUGGUUUACGACUACGCAUAUAACGGUACUAACGACAUCACCAAAGAAAUAUUUCCAGAAGUUGUUGAAUCUGAGGGGCCAAAUCGCAAUGUUAGCAGGAGUACCCGAGCUGGACGAACUUUAUCCGGGAAGAUGCAAACGCCAUUCGACUUCCCCUUGUGAUAAUAUAUGUAAAUACUAGUGAAGUGUGGACAUUUGUUCGUAUUUAUUUAUUGUAGAUUUGGUCAGCCACGAAUGCCUAACCCAUGGCUCGGAUUUCAUUAGGCCCUCCUCGAUUGGCCUUUUCUGGGGAACACCCGUUAUAUUUUACGCUCAGUCAACACAGCAAAAAUCUACACAUCCUCGUAAACAAUAUGUAUAAAUGUGUGCCAGGCAUAACCAACACCUAAAUUGUGAUUGAGAGUGCCAGCCCUUUUUUAAUUUCUAAAUUUAAGUUAAUAUUUUUACUGAACACGUUGCAGUUAUGCUAAUUCUUAAUACAAUAUUAACCCCAUGGUAUGCAAUAUUGAGCAAUAUGUUACUUGAACGUGUACUUAAAAAAAAAAUGGUACUAUCGAGUAUAAAUCCUCAUCAGUUAUAACUGAGAAGGAACAGGCUUAUGAGUAAUUACGCUUUGUUAAAAUGUAGUAUUUAUUUAUUUAUUAAUUAGCGAGAAUCACCUAAUCCUGAACAUCUGUCAACAACUCAUUCACCGACGAGUCAUCAAGCAGGACAAACGGAAUCAUGGAGAACGUUUGUUUCAGCAUAAGAGAUGCAAAGCCAGAUGAUUGUCCUAUAUUAAUGAAAAUGAUUACUGAACUAACAGUCUUUGAAGGUACAGAGAAGGAACUAGAAAACACAACGGAACGACUUCAGAAGGAUAUAUUUGAGCCAGAAAAAAUGGCAUCGUGUCUCGUUGCAACGUAUAAACGACCAGAAAAUGACAAAAGUGAGGUGAUUGGUUACUGCUUAUUCUACUACGGUUACAGCAUCAUGAAGGGCAAACUGGUCUACAUGGUCAACCUUUAUAUCACGGAGGAGUUUAGAGGAAGAGGAUACGGGCGAUCUUUGAUGAAGAAAGUUGCCCAGGAUGCUGUAGGAAAGGGCUGCCAGAGAAUGCAGUGGACAGUGCUAGGUUGGAAUCAGCCGGCCAUUAAACUCUACCAGUCUAUUAAUUCUAUAGAUUUAACAGCUACUAGGAAUUGUCAUGUACAUACAUUAUACAAAGAACAAUUGGUGCAGUUUGCUAAUUCGUGAAUUAAAAAUUGGUAUCACAGCUAGGAGCAUGUAAUGCAGACGUAAUGAUGCUCCCAAUCGAGACGUCAAAGUUUUGAAUUUGGGAUGGCCACUUUUUUGCUACUUUGGCAAGGCACUCGGUUGCAUUGCUUCUCUCUAUCCAAGAGUUAAGAGAACCCUACAUAGUUGGAUUGCUUGCUACUGCGCUGAAUAACGGUUGUAACUAAUUAUGUGCCGGGUGUAUUACGUACGGUACUAUUUAAUUAUAUUUGCAAUAGACCUAGCAUUGACAAAAUAUGAAAUAAUCACUAGUAACUUACUUCAUAAUUACAUUACUUUAAUCAUUUAGCUAUUAAUAUUUUAAAUGUAAUAAUUUAAUAGCUGACAAUAUAAGUAUUGUAUUUAAUGAAAUGUUAACUCGCGACUUGUGGGAAAACGUCGGAUGUAGGAAAACGUCAACUAUUAUUUACAAUAGGCCUAUAGGCCUAUUAAUGAUACUGAAGUAAUUAAAUUGCAUGCCUAGUCAUGCUUCGAUUUUAAGUAACACGUAUCAUUUAGGCCUAUGCAAUUUGUAAUUAAUUCUUUUGAAUACUGUUUUAAUAGUGAAACAAUUAAAUGCAAUGAUGUACAUAUGCAAAAACAAUAUCAUAUUAGCGCAACAUAGCUUUAAAAACAUAGCAUAUUACCAUACUAUAAUUUCGUUUUAUAUUUUUUUUUUAUUGUGAUCUGUUACCAUUUAACAAAACCUUUUUAAUGAAUAAAAGGCCAAGUAUUAUCAAAAAAUAAAUAUAAAUAAUCGCUAGAAACUAAUCUAUGGUAAAAUGUAAUAUGAUUCAAGUGUUAAAUGAGGACAUCUUAUAAAGAACACAAUUUCUGUAUGCUAAUAGAGGCCGUAGAGUAUAUUGACCCUAACGGCCGCCCAUACAAAAAAGAUAAUACAGUACCAUACCCAAUCAGCUGAGUGUUUCUACAACUCCUCAUCGGAGCUACUCCAUGCCCCACUAAACGUCUUAUUGUGAUCAAAUAUGUAUCAAGAUAUAGAAUGACUCUUUCUGCUCAAAAACAAUUAAUAAUCUACAAGAGCUCGGUUUAUUAGUAUUUAUGGCUUUAAAGAAAUUAUUUUCUUUUAAACGUAGGCCUACAUGAUUUUCCAAUCUACUUGUGCCUAAUAUGGUAUAGUUAGGCCUAUAUGUAAAACUAUUACCAUUGGUGAUAGAGUAUAGCCUACGUGUUGCUUCCAUUAUAAUGUUGUUUAAAGACGUGGGGCCAUAUUCUUUAUAAUAAACAUGGCUCACCAUGACAUUACUGACUCCUUAUUAAUUCAUUAAAUUGCACUGUCAUCUA